CAUUUACUCAUCGAGAACUCGCCGCUUUUCGCACGUCGCCUCUGAGCUCUUUUAUUUAGGUCUCCUUGCGUGACCUUUCGGCAGCGACUGGGCAGUUGGCAGGCAGUCCCCACUUUGUUCUCCGGCCGUAGGGGUAAGUGCUCAGGCCAAGCCGGUCUUACACCCGAGCCCGUCGCGGACAGCAGGCUAUGCCCGCGCCACGCCUUCCACAUGGAGCCCUCGCUCGAUGGGCCCAGCGCCUGGCACGACCGCAGAGGGCUUUUUCGUCCGCGAACCUCUUGCUCAAGCUGAUGUAAUGAACACGACAGCCAGCAUUAACAUCAACGGCACAGCGAUUGUUGAUGGCAUCGGCAACACCCCGAGCGACACCGUUAGUGGCCGCGACGCCAGGGCAGCUUCGAUCGUGCCAGAUGCGACUCCGGAACGGUGCACUCCUAGCCAAGUCAUCGAUGGCCAUCGAAUAUCCUGCGGUUGCCCCCAGGAAAGCAGCAUAAGCGAAGGGAAAUGCGUUCCACCAAGGGUAUUAGAAAUCCCUUCUUUCUCGGGCAACGGCCAAUCCCUUGGACCUUCAGCUUCCCAAACCUGCUCUUGCGCCAUUGCCGCGGGUAGCUACAUCAACCAGGGCCACUGCUACGCUGCGACUCUGUGCAAAGUUUUGCAAACCACCGGUCGCUCCGCCAUCUCUACUUGCACAUGUCCAAGUGGAAGCUCCGCCAACAGCAGAGGUCAAUGCAGGGCCACGCCCAGCAAUGGCGGAGGCGGUUCGCCGCUUAAGUGCACACCUGGACAGAGGCCGACGGCAUCUCCCAAAUGCGACUGCCAAAGCCCUUCAAUGACAAAUGCGGCGGGUCUAUGCACCAGCAGCGUUCCUCUUGGCCAGUGUUCGAACGGUGAAGCCAUCAUGACCAUUGUGCUGGGCCUGCCGGUUCCGCACUGCACCUGCCCUCCCCCUUCGUCCACUGUGACCGGUACUUGUACGUCAAAGGCCAAUGGCGGUGGCGGAGCACCCACUUGCACAGCCGGCCAAAACGUCGGCAACCCAGCUAAUCCCAACUGCAAUUGCCAGACUCUGAGCACCACGAGUGCCAACGGCCAGUGUACCUCCACGAGCAACAGAGGGGGUGGCGGUUCCACCCCGACUUGCACCCCCGGUCAAAAUGUCGGCGACCCGAAUAACCCUGAUUGCAACUGCAAGAACCCCAGCACUACCAACGAUGCUGGUAAGUGCACUUCCACCAAUGAUAAAGAUCCAAGACCGACUGCUUGCCCGCCCGGCUCCCCUGUUGCGAACCCUGGCGGCACUACGACAUGCGCUUGCGCUGGACUUUCCAUGGUCAACAAUGGUUUCUGCCAGGGGCUACUCCAACAACCCUGCACGGCCGGACAACCAAUUUUCGGCGGCCCCUUUGCAUGCGGGUGCGAUGCGCCCCUUAUGUCGAGCAACGGUGUGUGCACCACAUCUACCAACGGUGUCGGUGGUGGUACGCCUUCCCAGUGUGUUCCUGGAUCCGCGCCAACGGCUACUGGCAACCGACAAUGCACCUGCGCUCCCGGUGCAACGCCAACCGGCAGCACGACCACGUGCGGCGAGGGAGGUGGCGGCGUCAUUCCCACGCCCACAUGUGCAGCAGGCGUCGUGCCGGGUUUGUGAACUUGCGCACCUGGAGCAAAUCCGGGUCCCGGCGCACUGACUUGCGGAAGCGGCACUGGCGGUAGCAGCGGCAACAGUAGCAGUAGCAGCAACUCUGGCU